AGUAAGAUGUCAGGACCAACUCUGGAUGAGGAGGAAUUAUCUGCAAGUCAUACAGGUCCCAAAGGUGUGAUCAAUGACUGGAGAAAGUUCAAACUGGAGAGUACAGACCAGGAAUCCCUGCCUCCCAGCAAGCGGGAGCUCCUCCGACAAAUGUCCUCUCCACACAGGCCAAAGGAUGACUCGCGGGAUAGACUCAAUCGGAAGAUGAGUGUGCAGGAAUAUGAACUGAUCAAGGAGGAGGAUGAGAAAUGUCUGCGCAAGUACCGCAAGCAGUGCAUGCAGGAGAUGCAUGAGCGCCUGAGCUUUGGGCCCAAGUUCGAGGGCGUAUAUGAACUGGAGAGUGGUGAAGCUUUUCUGGAGGUCAUUGAGAAAGAGCACCACCUGACUGUUGUGGUGGUACACAUCUACGAGGAUGAUGUCAAGGGCUGCGAGGCUCUGAACAACUGCCUGGCCUGCCUGGCGUCAGAAUACCCCAGUGUGAAGUUCUGCAGGAUCAAAGCCUCUAACACAGGGGCAGGUGAUCGCUUCUCAGACAAUGUGCUGCCCACCUUGUUGGUGUACAAAGCAGGAGAGCUUCUGGGCAACUUCCUGUGUGCCACCCAGCACCUAAACGAGGAGUUCUUCGCCGUGGACGUGGAGGCGUUCCUCAACGAGUAUGGCCUGUUGCCACAUAAGGAAUGUAUGGCUAACCUCAACGAUGAGGAAGAAGCCGAUGUGGAAUGA